CCUCACGCUUCUCCGUGCUAAAGCAGAAGAAACGAACCAGGAAAAAAUUACGAGCACCGCCAUUCGCGACCUCCUCUUCCUCCUCCUCCUCCCCUUCCCUCCUCCACGCGAUUACAAAACCCUAGCGAUAUCCGCACCCGUAGAAACCCUAAUUGCUCGUCGCGUUGAUCCUGCAUCCCCAAUUCGGAGCCGUGGAUUCCUCCGACGCUUCGAGGUUUGAUCCCCUGCUCGCAGCGUCUAGGGAUUGGUUUGAUCGUGGGUCGGCGCGCAAUUAGGGUUUGGAUCGAGCGCGGGAAGCGACGGUCGCCGGUGGCGGCGCCGUCGGAUGGCUCUGUUUAGGAGGUUGUUCUACAGGAAGCCGCCCGAUCGGCUUCUGGAGAUAACAGAGCGAGUCUACGUGUUCGACUGUUGCUUCUCGAUGGAAAUCAUGGAUGAAGAUGAGUACAAGGAUUACAUGGAUGGUAUUGUCCUCCAACUUCGCGACCAUUUUCCUGAUGCUUCAUUCAUGGUAUUUAACUUUAGAGAUGAUGAAGGGAAGAGCCAAAUUUCAACCAUGUUUUCCCUAUACGACAUAACAGUCAGUAAUUACCCUCAUCAGUAUUCCGGGUGCCCUUUACUUCCUUUGGAGAUUAUUCUUCAUUUCUUGAGGUUGAGUGAGGGCUGGCUUACAUUACAAGGGCAGCAAAAUAUUCUGUUAAUGCAUUGUGAAAGGGGAGGAUGGCCUGUUCUUGCUUUUAUGCUUGCAGGUCUUCUAUUGUAUAGGAAACAGUACAGUGAUGAGCAGAGGACACUGGAAAUGGUGUACAAGCAAGCACCUAAGGAGCUUCUUCAUGUCUUAUCCCCAUUGAACUCGCAGCCUUCUCAUCUGAGAUAUCUUCAAUACAUAUCCAGAUUGGGCAGUGAGUUAGAGUGGCCAUUGCAGAAUAACCCUUUCACUUUAGAUUGUCUAAUCCUCAGAGUUGUUCCAAAUUUCGACGGACAAGGUGGUUGCCGGCCGAUUAUUCGUGUCUAUGGUCAAGACCCCCUGACCCCGGCUGACAGAAGUUCCAAUAUACUUUUCUCAACAUCCAAGACAAAAAAAUAUGUUAGGCAUUACAGACAGGCAGAUAAUGCACCGAUAAAGCUAAAUGUUGGUUGCUGCAUUCAAGGGGAUGUAGUCCUUGAGUGCCUUCAGGUGGAUGAGGAUUUGGAAGACGAGGAAUUGAUGUUCCGUGUUAUGUUCAACACAGCCUUUAUUCAGUCUCAUAUUUUGCUGCUGACCCUUGAGGAUAUCGACGUGCCAUGGGAUGUCAAGGAUCAGUUUUCUAAGGACUUUAAAGCAGAGGUACUCUUUUCAGAGUUUGAUGCUGAGUUCGAUACCACCACAGAAGCUGCAGCUGCAUAUGAGGAUGAGACGGAAGUUGCAUCACAAGAGGAGUUCUUUGAGGCAGAAGAGAUUUUCAGCAAUCCAGAUUGGCAGGAUGGACAGAGGGAUGACAUGACUCCUAAAGCUGAAGCAAUGAGCAGCAGCUUUAUAUUUGCCAAUUCUCAACAGGACCUGAAUAUGAAUGAGACCCAAGAAAAUUCUUUUGAUGAAGGCAUUGUGCUGCUGGAGACAUCAGAUGAAAAAAAGCUAGAUAACAUGGGAAUUGUAGCACAAAAAGUCUAUUUAGCAAUUGAAGAAGAGAUGGACAAGCUGAGGAUGGAUAUGAAUCAUAGUGUUGAUACAGUGUGUGAAGAGAUUGGCUCAUCAGAGAUAAACAAUUUAAAGCAGGAUAUAGUGGCUAGUGCAUCCAACCAGGAUACAAAUGACCUUCUUAGAGUAACUGGUGAAGAGGUGGGUUUGUCAGAAACUAGAGAUUCGAAACAGGACAUGGAGGGGAUUGUACAAAGAACCAAUGUAGAUGAUUUGAUUUCCAGUUUAGAAUACCUAGCACAGAAAGAAGAGUUAAAAAGCGAAUCAGCACGCAGUAUUUCUGAACAGUAUGCUGUUAAUAGUUCAACAGAAGAAACUAUUCUAUACAACUUGGAAACAAGUCAUUGCAAUGGGGAAGCAGAAAGAAGCAACACUGGGAAAUGUAUGCAAUCAAAUGUGCAACCAAAUGAUACUUAUCAGGUUGAGGUGGAGGAGUUUGACUUUUGGAAAGAGGAAAAUGAGAAGCUUGUGCCUUCUAAACUAGAGGAACCACUGACAAGCAACAUUGAACCACCUUCUCGAUUAGUUUUGCCAGAACAAAAACUUGAGCAGCUAGAAUCUCAGGACAUUGACAAUGGCAUGCAAAAAAUUGAAGUGCUAAAAGUAUGUCCGGAGAUCUCUAUGAGCCAAGGUCCUACUGCUUCUUUUGAGCAAGCACCAUCUGAUCUAAGGGGCUUGAAAUGCAACUUAACAGUAUAUGAAGGCCGUGUUGAAGGAAGAACUGCAAAUACUACUAUUUUUUCUGCUCCUGCAAGUACAAUAACAACUCAUGGAUCUCUAUUGUCUCAAACAGCAAAAUCCCAUACUCAAUCCUUAAUCAAUGAAGCCUUCGCUGAACCACCAACAACUAAUAUACUGCCACCAUCCUCCUCUAUACCAUUGCCAACGUCUCAAUUGAGAGAGUCAUCUCAUGCUUCUUUACAUUCAAAUGUCUCUCUUACUGCUUCAGUUAACACUUCUAUAACAUGUACUACUGUUGAUUCACCUUCUGCACCUUCACCUUUAUCUUCGCCACCUCCUGCUUCUUUGGAAACUAAAGCACUACUCAAGUUCCCUCCCUGUCCACCACCGCCACCGCCACCUCCGCCACCGCCACCGCCACCACAACCAUUCUCCUAUGCUUUAUCUUUCCACUCCUCUCCAUUUCCAUUUCAAAUAAGAGUGUCAAUCCAUGUACCUAUGCAGCAACCUUCAAUGCUUUUGCCAUCAGAAUAUAAUGCAUCAGCAGUUGCUUCUUUAUCUCAAAUAUUGCCUGUUGAAACGCCGGCAACACGUGUUGUUCCAUCUCUUUCCCCAUCAUCUCCAUCUCGACAAUUCACACAUUCAAACACACUGGAUAAAGACUUAUGUUCCCUUUCUUCAGCCUUUCUACUUCCCAUAGCAACCAACAUAUCGAUUCCUCUCUCUUCUUCUUUACCUAUGCCAUCAGGAAUAUCCAACAAAUGUGCUCCUACACCACCACCACCACCACCACCACCUCCGCCACUAUCAUUGAUUUGCCAGCUUACUCCAACUAACCAUCUUAAAACUCACAAUAAUGUCUCCUUUCCCUCACCUCCUCCAUCUCCUCCACUUUGGAAGGAAUUAAAUGCCAAGAAUCAUCUAUUAGAACAUGAUGAAGGAAUACCAAAGAACUCCACUUUACUCUCUAUACCUACUUUUAAACAAAGUGGUGGUGUAUUGGAUGCUCCUAUGCCAACUUCACCCUCUCGAAGUGACAUGCAUCCUACAAAAAUUCCUCUACUACUAUCUCCUCAUGUUGAUGAACCCUUACCAAUGCCUCAAUAUGAACUUUUAGAUAAUGCUAAUAAUGCACCCUUGACUACUACCAAACUAUGUAAAGAAGCAUUGUCACCGAUCCCACCUCCACCUCCACCUCUUUCUUUCUCUCUUCAGGAAGGAUUGGGAACUCCAUCUCAACUAUUGCCUUCUAUGCAUUUAGAACCUUCAAACUUAGCAUUUUCUCUAGAAGAACAAAGUGAAUCUCUACCACAAUCACCAUCACAACCACUAUCACCACCACCAACAUUUGUUACCCAUAAUAAAAACGCAAUAAGUCCACCUUUACCAAUUGUUAUAACACAUGGAAGCGCUUCAUUGCAAAAUUGUGGAGCACCUUCGCCUCCGCUUCCACCUUCACAUCCUCCAAAGAAGUUUGAAGAAGUUUCACCUCCUCCAGAGAUGGUCCAAGAAGUUUUGCCUCCAUUCGUUACUUCUAGUCCACAAGUAAUGGCUCCAGUAUCAACUCUAUUAUUAUCUUCUGUGGUGCAUGCUGGGCCUCUACUACCGCCUUCUAUCCCAGAAUAUCUUGGAGGUCCAUAUUUGUCUCUUCGAACAUAUACAAGAUCUCCAUCAUCACUAUCACUCCAAGAAAGUUGUAAAGGAGGUCAACCACUACCUUCUUAUAUGGAAACACAAAAUAGUGCUCUGCCACCAUCACCACUUCUAUUUUCUAUUGAAGCUCAGGAGGAUGCUCCAUUUUCUCCUUCCAAGGGACUAAGGGGAACACGAACUUCACCGCCGCCGCCGCCACCUUUAUCUGUCGGAUUAUGUAGAGGAGUUUCACCACCACAUUCUCCUUCCGUGGAAGCACAAAAAAGUGCUCCACCACCGUUGCCACCACUAUCGUUUUUUACAAAAGCUCAUACAGGUACACCAUUGCCGCCGCCGCUGCCGCCGCCGCUGACAAAAGCACCAUUUUCAGUAGCGUACAGAGAGCCCUCUCCACCACCUUUUUCUUCUAAAGGACAUGGAGAAGCUCCGCCGCCUUCGCCUCCGCCUCCGCCUCCACCACCGCCGCUACCUCCUAAGUCAUAUGGAGAAGCUCUACCACUAUCGUCACCUUCUAGAUCGUAUGGUGGAGCUCUACUGCAAUUGCCGUCGUCUCCAAGAUCAUAUAAAGGAGCUCCACAUCCACCGCCACCGCCACCGCCACCGCCACCGCCAUCGCCCUUCAGCUCAUAUGCAGGAGCUUCACCUCUACCAUCACUUUCUCCAGAAGCCCAAAGAGGUGCUCUGCCACCAUCACCACCGUCCCCGCCACCUCUACCACCCAAUGCAGUAGCACAUGGAGAGCUCUUUGCACCACCUUUUCCUUUUAGAGGGCAUGAAGGAGCUCCACCACCAUCGCCGCCACCUCCUAAAUUAUACGGAGAACCUCCACCGCCGCCGCCGCCGCCGCCGCCAUAUGAAUCAUAUGGAGGAGCUCCAAUACCACCUAGGCCGCCGCCUCCCAACUCAUAUGGAGGAGCUCCACCUCCACCAUCACUUCUUCCCGAUGGUUGUCGGGGAGCUCCACCUCCACCACCUCCUUCCCCUGGAAUGUUUGGAGUAGUACCACCAUCACCGCCUCCUAUUGGAGGGUAUGAAGGAGCUCUAACUACUCUCCCUGGAGGGUAUGGAGGAGCUUCACCUCCACUGCCUCCUCCUGGAGGGCAUGGAGGAGCUCCACCACCACCUCCACCUCCACCUCCACCUCCUCUCGGAGGGCAUGGAGAAGCUCCACCUCCACCUCCCCUUCCCGAAGAACGUAGAGGAGCUCCACCUCCGCCGCUUCUUCCCGGAGGAUGUGGAGGAGCUCCACCUCCACCUCCACCUCCACCACCACUUCCUCCCGGAGGGCAUGGAAGAGCUCCACCUCCACCUCCACCACCACUGCCUACUCCAGGGGGGCAUGGAGGAGCUCCACCUCCACCUCCACCUCCACCGCCUCCUCCCGGAGGGCAUGGAGGAGCUCCACCUCCACCUCCAUUGCCUCCUCCCGGAGGGCACGGAGGAGCUCCACCUCCACCUCCUCUUCCCGGAGGAAGUGGAGGAGCUCCACCUCCACCACCUCCCCCCGGAGGACGUGGUGGAGCUCCACCUCCACCACCUCCCCCCGUAGGACGUGGUGGAGCUCCACAUCCACCACCACCCCCUGGAGGAGUUCCUCCACCGCCACCUCCUAGAGGACAUGGGGGAGCUCCUAUUCCACCUCCUCCACUAGGAGGGCGUACACCUCCAGCUCCACCUGGAACAUCUGGUGCCCCACCGCCUCCUCCAAUAGGCGCAACUAGUUCUUCAGUUGGCACAAGAGGUGCACUACCAAAUGCAAUGAUCGGCGGACGAGGGCAUGGGCUCGCUCGUUCUUCAACUCGAAAGUCAUCUUUAAAGCCGUUGCACUGGGUAAAAGUAACAAGAGCUAUGCAAGGAAGCUUGUGGGCAGAAUUACAAAAACAUGCCGACAAUAGCACCUCAGAGUUUGAUGUGUCAGAACUUGAGACUCUCUUCUCUGCAGUGGUUCCAAAGUCAAAUGAUGGCUCUAAAUCUGAUGGACGCCAAAAAUCUGCUGGAUCUAAAUCUGAUAAAGUUCACCUGAUUGACUUAAGGCGAGCAAAUAACACUGAGAUCAUGUUGACGAAAAUCAAGAUGCCGUUAUCUGAUAUGAUGAAUGCUGCCCUAGCAUUAGAUGAUUCAAUUCUAGAUGCAGAUCAAGUGGAAAAUCUCUUAAAGUUUUGUCCAACUAAGGAGGAAAUGGAGCUUUUGAAGGGUUACAGUGGAAACAAGGAAAACCUUGGAAAAUGUGAGCAGUUCUUUCUAGAAUUGAUGAAAGUUCCAAGGGUCGAAUCCAAGUUUAGGGUGUUUUCUUUCAAGAUUCAGUUUGGUUCACAGAUUUCGGAUAUUAGAAAGAAUUUACACAAUGUGGACUCUGCAUGCGAAGAGAUUCGAAAUUCUGACAAACUAAAGGAAAUCAUGAAGAAAAUUUUAAAUCUUGGGAAUACAUUGAACCAGGGAACAGCGAGAGGUUCGGCAGUUGGUUUUCGGUUGGACAGCCUUCUGAAACUUACAGAUACUCGUGCCACUAAUAAUAGAAUGACGUUGAUGCAUUAUUUGUGUAAGGUUCUUGCUGAGAAGUCACCACAUCUGCUGGAUUUUCAUGAGGACCUUGUCAGUUUGGAAUCUGCAUCAAAGAUACAACUGAAGUUGCUGGCUGAAGAGCAGCAAGCUGUUGUGAAAGGAUUAGAAAAGGUUGAAGCGGAACUAAAAGCUUCAGAAAGCGAUGGGCCAGUAUCUGAAGUUUUCUGCAAGACAUUGAAGGAUUUUACUGCGGGUGCUGGAGCUCAAGUGCGAUCCCUAACAGCACUUUAUUCUGCAGUUGGUAAAAAUGCAGAUGCUCUUGCCUUAUAUUUUGGCGAAGAUCCUGCACGCUGUCCCUUUGAGCAAGUUAUCGCCACACUUUUGAAUUUUGUGCGCUUGUUCCGCAAAGCACAUGAGGAGAACUGCAAACAAGCUGAACUCGAGAAGAAAAAAGCCCAGAAAGAGGGUGACACCGAGAAGUCCAAAGAUGCAAAUGCCGAGAGAACAAUUGGCAGAUGACCUUUAGCAUGCCAAUCUGGCAAGCGAUUUUAAUCUUUUCCCUCUCAGGGAGCGGAUGAUCUCCAUCCACUCUGAAAGAUGUUGGGAGGUUCUGAUGGCCAUGAAACUCAGACAACUUCCAAUACAAAGAUAGCACCGAGAAUCAUCUUCAAGCUAAUGUAUUAAGGUGCUUUUGGGCCGUGCAGGUGCUUUAGGACCAUGGUUGAUUCAUCCUGGUUCAUAUUUUUGUACAAAGCUAAACAUAUGGCCCCAUUUUACCCUAUUGUUUGUACAGUAUCCUUUUUGUUAUCUUUUCCCCCCAGAAUUGGUUUUCUUUUAUAUGAGAUGAGGAGUAGGUCAACCUGUUGUACAAAUAGAGCUGAAAGAAAUAUAGGUCAAUUUCUUUCUCCUUUUUUUCUUUUUCCCUCUCCAGUAGCUCGUAAGCAAGAAAGAGUUUUUUCCUUUUGUACUGUGAGAUGCAAUUUUGUAAUCAAAGAUAGCUGAAGAAGCUGGGGAUCACUGGACGGUUCAUUUAAAUUAGACCUCAAAAGAAAUGCUUAUACAAAGUAAUUGUAACUGUUGCUCAUACAUAGAUUAGCUGUGGUGUAUUGGUUUAUUAGAUCAGUAAACAGCUAAUGCGUGGCCUGUUUGGAAUAUAUAUAUAUUUCAAGUA